GCAGAAGAAGAAGAAGUUUGUUUGCGCGCGGGCUCAGUGGUAAAAGGGGACAGAUAGGAGAGUGGGAGGGGGGAUUUGUGUUCAUAAGUAUUGGUACAGUCGCUAAUUUACGCCAAUUAACGUCCUGUUUUUAUAUAUUUUACUGUGUAAAAUCAGCGGUGGAGCUUUUUUUUGUUUUAAUUUUAAAGGAGAUGCGUAUUUUAAAAGAAUGGAUCUUAGCAUGUGGUUUGCUAGCGCUGUGUUUACACAACAAAGAGAGAAAGAGGGAUAAAUAAAAAAGAGUGGGAUAGAGAGGGAGAGGGAGAGAGAGGUUAAAGGAUAGAAAGUGGGAUGUAGAGUUAGAAAGAGGGAUAGAGAGAAUGUUAUAGAAAGAGGGAAAUCUUUCCAUUCAAAACUACUUGAGACAGGAAAAGAGGGACCGAGAGAGCGAUAAAGGAAAAGAGAAAAAUCUUUCCAUUCAAAACUACUUGUUUACUUUGUAUUCAAAUGGACCGACCAGCGAGGCAAAAGAAAGCCAUCAAUUAUUCUGACUUCUUGUAUGAUUGUAAUAAUGAUAAAAACGUUGUAACGGUGAAACCCCGCCCAAACAGAAAAGCUCGGGCUUCUCGGAAGGCAUGUACAGACUCCAAAACUAGGAAAAAUGGAACCAUCGAUGCACCAGCAAAAGCGGGGAACAAAAGAGUGUCACAGGAUGAAAAGCUGCACACUAGAGAUUUAGAAGCUGCUCUCAUUCUGUCUCAGAUCCAGUCUACAGCAAAGUCAGAGGAGCCGUUUGGGAGUAGUCAAGGUUUGCAAGCAGCCGUUCCCUCCACAAACGACGAUCCUUCAUCCUGCAACACGCCCGAAGACACGCCCACUGUGCUGUCAGACUGUAGCGAGGAAGGUGUUUGUAUGGAAAAUUUUUUACUGGAGCUUGCUGAAAGCAGCGAGGAGGAGAAUAUUCUGGAGGAGUGCGAGGAAAGCGAGGACAGCGCCGAAGGUGACUUGCUUCCGGAUGGAAAAUCCGAACCUACUUUACAUAGCAGCCCAUCAGCUGAAUCCUCUGAUGAGGAGUGGCUUCUAACUGCCAACCAACAUCCAGGAAAGAGGUUCAAACACUCGGAUUCUUCAAAAUCAUCACGCGUUUCAGCUCUAAAUCAGAAGAAGGGCCGAAAAACCCGGCCUCCCUCGGUUGUAUCCCCUGACACCCCUAAAGAAAAGUGGAAUAAAUCUACGGACGAGGAUAUUACACCACAGCCUCCAGUCUUCCGACCGUCCAGAACACCAGGCCCACAGCUUAACCCCACAGCAUCAUACACUGUGCUGCAGCUGUUCCAGCUGUUCCUCUCUACUUCAGUGCUGCAGACAAUUUUGAUAAACACUAAUGCUUAUGGAGAGAAGUUAAAAAAAGGCCCAAAACAGUGGAAGGAUCUUUCUAUGAAUGACUUAUAUUCUUACCUGCUGCUCGUGAUCUUCAUGGGUCUGGUGAAAGUGCGUUCGCUAAAGGAUUACUGGAGGAAAUCAGACACCUUUAAAAUUCCCUUUCCUGCACAUGUAAUGUCUUCAAGGAAAUUCUUCACCAUCUCCUCUGCACUGCAUCUCAGUGAUCCUGAAGUGGACGCUGAAAACGUCCGGAAAAGAGGAACAGCUGCCUUUGACCGCCUCUGCAAGAUCAAACCCAUGUAUCUCCAGAUGAGAGACGCAUGUAAAAACUAUUUCCAUCCCUACCAGAACAUCGCCAUCGACGAGAGGAUGGUGGCAACGAAAGCUAGAAAUGGCCUAAAACAAUAUAUAAAAGGCAAACCAACAAAGUGGGGAUAUAAACUCUUUGUGCUCGCGGACUCCCGCUGCGCAUACACGUGGGAUUUCUUUAUCUACGAGGGAACAUCUCCGGAAAUAUCCAGCCCACAGAACCAUGGACUGAGCUACGAGUCUGUCAUGGCACUUAUUGAUGAGAAGAUGUUGGGAACAGGUUACAAACUGUUUGUCGACAACUUUUACACGAGUCCAGAAUUGUUCCAAGAUCUCCUAAAGAAAAACAUCUUUGCUUGUGGGACUAUUCGACCCAGCAAUGCAGGCUACCCUAAAACCAUCACCAACAAGCUUCCGAAUAAAGCUCCCCGAGGCACUCAUCGCUGGCUGAGAGAGGGGAACUUGCUGUUCGUGGAAUGGAAGGAUACAAAGGAGGUCCACAUGUGCUCCACUAUUCACAAAGGCACUGAAAGUAGCACCGUGCAGAGGAAGGUGAAAGGUAAAGACGGACAGUGGAAAAACUUGGAUUUACCAGUUCCAGAGUGUGUUGUAGAAUACAACAGGUACAUGGGCGGAGUCGACGUAUCAGACGCCCUCAUCGGCUAUUACACAGUCUUACACAAGACAAGAAAAUGGUACCAAAGCUUUUUUUACCACUUUGUGGACAUAGCCAUCGUAAACGCCUUCAUCCUACAUCGGGAAACGGCCUGCGCCAAGAACCAGAAGCCGAUGACGCAGAAGCAGUUCCGAGAAAAACUCAUCGAGGAACUCGGUGCGUUAGUGCUUUCGAACUUUCCUCCACCUCCUUCGCCCCUUCCUGAGGACAUGCGCCACUUACCGGGGAACUUUGCUUCACACAGCACCAAAGGAAGGCGAACGUGCAAAGUGUGUCAACAAAAAACUCCUGUAUACUGCAAGACUUGUUUAGUGCCAUUGUGCUUUCAGCCAAAGCGUGACUGCUUCUCUGCUUGGCACGAGCUGCACUGAACUGUUUAAUCCAAUUCAGGGGUCACUUUAGACGUCGGACUUCUCAUCUGAAGGACGUGAGCUCAAAUCCCAGCACCACUAAACUUCCAAUGUUGGGCUCUUGAGCACGGCCCUUAAUCCUUGUAUAAAUGAGAUCAUUUGGAUAAGAGCAUCUGCCAAAUGCUGUAAAUGUAAAUAGUUAAGCCUGCUUUAAAAAAAGCAUGCACACCGACUGCCUUUUUAAAAUGAAGUCAAGUGAAAUAUUGUACUAACAAACGUUUGUGUUGUUAAGUUACUGAAACUCAUGUAAGUAAUCGAGUAUACGACAAAGAUUUUUUAAAGUUACUUUAUAUGUAUUCUUGACUUAUAAUAAUUUUGAGUAUAUAAUAUCAAAAUUUUAAUCAUUUUAAGUGCAAUAUACGUUGUUGUGUGUCUGUGUCCGUUCUUAACUACUGAUUUCAUCAUUAAAACCUUGCAAACCAA